AUGAUAUUUAUUACUUUUGGAAUAUUAUAUAUCUAUUUAUCUAUGUUCAUAUCUUUGUAUUUCACUGUUUUCAUCUAUCUAUCUAUCUAUCUAUCUAUCUAUCUAUCUAUCUAUGUUUCAUUGAAAAUGCUAAUGGUUAAUGACAUACCAGACAUGGCAGGAACAUCUAUCUAUCUAUCUAUCUAUCUAUCUAUCUAUCUAUCUAUCUUUUGUUUCACUGUUUCUAUCUAUUUCAUCUCAAGUGGAACUCAUAUAUGCGCUCCAGCUCAAGUGGAACUCAUAUAUGCGCUCCAGCUCAAGUGGAACUCAAAUAUGCGCUCCAGCUCAAGUGGAACUCAUAUAUGCGCUCCAGCUCAAGUGGAACUCAAAUAUGCGCUCCAGCUCAAGUGGAACUCAUAUAUGCGCUCCAGCUCAAGUGGAACUCAAAUAUGCGCUCCAGCUCAAGUGGAACUCAUAUAUGCGCUCCAGCUCAAGUGGAACUCAAAUAUGCGCUCCAGCUCAAGUGGAACUCAUAUGCGCUCCAGCUCAAGUGGAACUCUCAUAUGCGCUCCAGCUCAAGUGGAACUCAAAUAUGCGCUCCAGCUCAAGUGGAACUCAUAUAUGCGCUCCAGCUCAAGUGGAACUCAUAUAUGCGCUCCAGCUCAAGUGGAACUCAAAUAUGCGCUCCAGCUCAAGUGGAACUCAAAUAUGCGCUCCAGCUCAAGUGGAACUCAUAUAUGCGCUCCAGCUCAAGUGGAACUCAAAUAUGCGCUCCAGCUCAAGUGGAACUCAUAUAUGCGCUCCAGCUCAAGUGGAACUCAAAUAUGCGCUCCAGCUCAAGUGGAACUCAUAUAUGCGCUCCAGCUCAAGUGGAACUCAUAUAUGCGCUCCAGCUCAAGUGGAACUCAAAUAUGCGCUCCAGCUCAAGUGGAACUCAAAUAUGCGCUCCAGCUCAAGUGGAACUCAUAUAUGCGCUCCAGCUCAAGUGGAACUCAAAUAUGCGCUCCAGCUCAAGUGGAACUCAAAUGCGCUCCAGCUAUGCGCUCCAGCUCAAGUGGAACUCAAAUAUGCGCUCCAGCUCAAGUGGAACUCAUAUAUGCGCUCCAGCUCAAGUGGAACUCAGAUAUGCGCUCCAGCUCAAGUGGAACUCAUAUAUACCAUCUACCGCAUGUGGAACUCGUAUAUACAAUAUACCUCAAUUGA